AUGAAAUUCUUAAAUUAUUAACAGUCACAAGCUUUUCCAUUAAGAUUAAUUUUCUUUUAUACGAAAGAUCAUUUCGCAAUUCUAUCUUUAUACUGUACUAAAUUUUUUUGCAUCAUACAUUGAUUUAUAAUAAAUAUGAACUUUUAAGAGAACUAAAAGUUGUAGGAAUAGGUAAUAUGUACAUUUUCAUCUAGCCACUUUAUUCUUUAGAAGAUUUAAUAUUUAGGCUUAUUUAAAUAGUUUAGAUAGAACUUUAGAUCGAAAUGUUCGAACGCACAGGUCAUAAUGUUUAUCGAAAUACUUGUGUAAAAUAUAUAAAAUGUUAAAUAUUUUUAAAUAUGCGUAGCUAUAAUACAUAAUUUUAUGAAGUGAUGUAAGUAUAUUGUGGCGCCAUCUUUCUAUAUGCAAAAUCGCGGCUGUAAUAUUUUUAUAGCUUUGGCAUUGGCUCGUCUCGUCUGUUUCGUAUGUUUCAUAUUUCUUGUGUAGAGGAGACGUGUCAAAAUGUACAUGAUACCCACGUGUCAAAAAAUGCACAAAGUACUGCGCUUUUUUAUUUAACUGAGAUUUAGAUAUGUAGUGAAUAUGGUGAUAAACGCAGUGCUAGAGGUUAGUUGUAAUAUCAUGAAAUAAUUUGUGAAUAUACGCAAAUAAGUUGUAAAAAUGUUGAGGCGACGACACGUUAAUGUUAAGACAGUUAAGGAACUGGAUGCAUUCCCGAAAGUUCCUGAGUUAUAUGUUGACAAAACUGCAGUUGGGGGAACUUUUUCUAUUUUUACAUUUCUUAUCAUUGCGUAUUUGAUAAUAGCUGAGACGAGCUAUUAUCUCGACAGCAGAUUACAAUUCAAAUUUGAGCCGGAUACCGAAAUUGAUGCAAAACUGCAAAUCAAUAUUGAUGUAACAGUGGCAAUGCCAUGUGGUCGCAUCGGUGCUGAUGUUUUAGACUCUACGAAUCAGCAUAUGAUAGAUUUUGAUUCUUUGAAGGAAGAGGAUACGUGGUGGGAAUUAACGGCAGAACAAAGGGCACAUUUCGAAGCUUUAAAGCAUAUGAAUUCCUAUUUAAGAGAAGAGUAUCACGCUAUUCAUGAACUGCUCUGGAAGUCCAAUCAAGUUACUCUUUACAGUGAGAUGCCAAAGCGGUCGUCUGAACCAGAUUACGCACCAAAUGCCUGCCGUGUUUACGGUAGUCUAAACGUUAAUAAAGUAGCGGGUAACUUCCAUAUAACUGCGGGAAAAUCGUUAUCUGUGCCACACGGUCAUAUACACAUAUCUGCGUUUAUGACAGAUCGGGAUUAUAACUUCACGCACAGAAUCAAUAGAUUUUCAUUUGGUGGACCUAGUCCGGGUAUUGUGCAUCCCCUUGAAGGGGAUGAGAAGAUUGCAGAUAACAAUAUGAUGCUUUAUCAGUAUUUCGUUGAGGUUGUUCCUACAGAUAUUAGAACAUUACUAAGUACAUCUAAAACGUACCAAUAUAGCGUCAAAGAUCAUCAGAGACCAAUCGAUCAUCAUAAGGGAUCUCAUGGAAUACCCGGAAUUUUUUUCAAAUACGAUAUGAGUGCGCUCAAGAUCAAAGUAACUCAGGAACGUGAUACAAUUUUUCAGUUUUUAGUGAAACUAUGUGCCACUGUAGGUGGUAUAUUUGUUACAAGCGGAUUAAUUAAAAACAUUGUACAGAGCUUCUGGUAUAUUGUAAAGUGUAAAUUUUUCAACUUGGAGAAGGCGGAUAAUCAGGGAUUAUCUGUUCCGUCACAUUCCACAAAUUAUCGGUCGCCUGAUACUAUCAAUUUACUUGAUAUUACGGCUCCUCAAAGUAUUGAUAUCAUGCGACCUCAAUAAAAAUUUAUAUUAUGUAUUUUAUGUAUUUUUAUGAGUUAAUAUUUAUAGCGUGAAUGUAUGAAAUACAUCGUACAAUAA